GAAACCAAACUCUCGGGCAUUUGAUAAGAAAAACUUGAACCCCCGCGGACUAGCUAUGAGACUCCCCAAUAACAACAAAAUGGAUAAGCCAAUCAACCAGCUUGGGGCGACGGCAACGGCUUCUGAAUUUCAGUAAAAUAUGGAGUGUUCACAGAGAAACAUGUCGACCCCCAUAUCUGAUGAGGCCCCAGUCCCGACCCCGCCGGCGCCUGCCGCAGUGGCUUAUAUAGCCGCACUGGACGUUGGCACAACUUGUGUCCGUUGCUUUGUGCUCGACGAGAAGUGCCUGGUCAAGGGGUCGGCGGUUGAUGAGGUGGAACUAUUAAAUCCGCAGCCGGGCUUUUUCGAAAUUGAGCCAGAGUGCUUGUGGCGCAAGAUUGUGAAUGUGAUAACCCUGGCGAUACGCGAUGCCAAGCUGACGCCCGCGCAAAUCACCUGCCUGACCAUCUCGACGCAGCGCUGUACAUUCCUCACCUGGAACCACGAGACCGAGGAGUACUAUCACAAUUUCAUAACCUGGAAGGAUUUGCGGGCCCACGAGCUGGUGGAUCAAUGGAACAGCAGCUGGACCAAGCGCUCAAUGAAUAGUGUCUCCUUUGCCCUGUAUUUGGUCACCAGACAACCUCGCUUCUUGGCCGGAAGUGUGCUCAAACUAAUGAAUGGCCAGGUGACGCCGCGACUGCUCUAUGAAAUUAACAACAACCAGCGCCUGAAGCAGGCCCUGCACGAAAACAAGGCUCGCGUAGAGCUGCUAGACUCUUGGAUCCUCCAUAAGCUGCGCUCUGGCAACGGCAAGAACACAAAUGUCGAGCAUAUCACCGAUGUAACCUCGAGCACAGCCACUGGACUGUACGACCCCUUCACGCUCAGCUGGUCGCCCUUCAUUAGCUGGCUCUUUGGCUUCGAUACAAAGAUCCUGCCUCGCGUGGUGGACAACGGCUACAAGGACUUCGGACACGUUCAUCCAGCCGCCUUUGGGCCGGGCUGGGACAACACCAGCAUACCCAUUGCCGCCUCGCUCAGUGACCAGGCGGCGUCCAUGUGGGGCUCUCAAUGCUUUAAGAAGAACGACGUGAAGGUUACCAUGGGCACCGGGGCCUUUCUUAAUUUGAAUACGGGCUCCAAAUGCCGUGCGGCAACCAGCGGAAUGUAUCCUCUGGUGGCCUGGCAAAUGAAGAACAAUUCGAAAAGCCAAGGCGGCGUCUACUGUAUCGAGGGAGCUGCACAUGACUUUGGCACUGUGGUUACCUGGGCACAGUCCUGCGAGCUGUUCAAGAAGCCAGACGAAACGGCGUUGAUUGCGAAGUCUGUGCCGGAUACCAACGGUGUGUUCUUUAUGCCCGCUUUCAGUGGCCUGGGGCCUCCUGUGAACGAUUACCGCUCCGCCAGCGGUUUUAUAGGUCUAACUCCGUCCACUACCAAGGCCCAUAUGGUGCGGGCCUUGCUCGAGAGCAUUGUCUUUAGGCUGGUCCAGCUGAUCGAUGCCACCGAAAAAGAAACCUCUCAAAAGCUCAAAGUCAUUAGAGUGAAUGGCGGCGUCUCUCGCAAUGACUUUGUCUGUCAGUUCUUGGCUGAUCUUAGCGGCCUGAAGGUGGAGCGUGACGAAAACACCGAGUCCAGCAUCAUGGGGGCCACAUUCAUGGCGGGCAUCAAUCAUGGCAUCUGGAAAAAUUUCGAAGAUCUCAAGUGUUUUCGCAAGGUGGAACGUGUGUUCGAGCCACGUCUCAACGUCUACGAAAAGGUUAUUGAGCGCAUGGACAAGUGGUGCGGGGCCAUAGACCGCUUCAGUGAAUGGUACUAGAUUUUGUGGACUGUGAUCCUUAUUCUACUUUUGGGCAUUACUCUCUAUUUGUUAUACACUAAAGAUAUUAAAUUACUUAGCGGCUAGUCAAUAUA